AUUCACUAUAUCUGGUCUCCUACAGUACACAGAACAUGGAAGUGCAAAUACUGUAGUAAAUAUAAACUGCUAAAUAGCAGUCUUGUGGCUUCUCUCAAUGUACAGCCGAGCACUGGUUAAAGCUUGUAGGAGAUGUUUUUGCUCUAGGAGGAUGCAGAGCCCCUGACCUCUGUCUGGACAGUGCUGAUUGGCCCUGUGCUGAUCACAUGCACUCUCCCAAGAGAAGAAAAAAUUAUCUAGCAAUACACACCAAACUGAGCAUGUGCAGAGUGACUCCACAUGAUAGGUCUUAUCAGGAGAUAAGGGGGAGACACCGGAAGAAGAGGAGGAUCAGAGAAGUCAGGAUAAAACAGCAUUUUUAUACAAUGCAAAGGAUAAACCCCUUAGGUUCCACAGUGUGUAUAACAAGCAUGCUUUACUGCAUAUACAGACUGAUUUUACUGUUGUGGGUUUAG